AUAUAGUUAAAUACUAAACCCACAAUUACAAUCUCUUGCUCUUCUCUCAGAUAUAGCGUUUUCUUUCUCAGCCCAGAUCCUCAGUAAUUUUACUCUUUUUCUUUUUCUUCUCGGAUUCAAGUAAUGGAGACACCAUCAUCCACAAGAAGAGUCACGAGGUCUCAGACCCGCUCUGCCACCAAUCAUCUCUUGUCCUCCUCACAGAAACCAGAGGAUUCGGACAAAUGUCAAUCCAAGUCUGUACGAGCAAAACCACAACAAGACCGGUCAGCUUUGUUCGACAUAACCAACGACUCACCGAUCGUAGGUCUGGCGAUGCAGACACCAUCUUCAGGUGUGGUUGGGAAGAGGAAUAUGAGCAGAAUCAAGAGGACCCCUGGAUCUGGCGAGGCUCUCUUGAGAGGCCAAGUCAAGACCCUCUUGCAGAAGGUCGAAGAAGAAGCAGUUCUCACCAAGAUUUCGAUGGAGUCUCGUCCUUUCAUCCAUCUCGUUACUUCUCCCAUGGGACUUCUCGCUCCGACUCCGGCCAACACCCCACAAGUUCUCAAUUUCUCUGUUGACAACGAAGCGCAGGUUUUGAUCACGUCUCCGGUUGUUGCAGGCCGGCAAUUCAGAGCACCCUCUCAGUCUCAGGUGGUGGUGGAAAGCAACAUGUUUGAUGAGAAAGAAGAGAGCUUGGAGUUAGAGAGGAGCUCCUCCAGCAUAACGCGGUCAUUGCUGCUCGACUUUAGUGAUAAAUCAGAAGUGUGGGAGAGCUCAGACUGCUCCUCCUCUGUGUUGACAAAAAGUCCUGAGGAUGAUAACUCAUCGGCGUGGUCGAUGCAAGUCAAUGCAAGUACCAAAGACGAAGAAGAGGUUGAUGAAGAGGAACAAGCGUAUUCUUACUACGAAGCAGAGGAGGAGGAGAUUGUGGAUGUGUUGUGUGAGGGAAUGAGAAAGAUGAGCGUAGUAGCCAAAGGGAAACACACUCGAUUCGUGUACGGCAGUGAAGAUGAAGAGGAGGAGGACGAGAUUGUGGAAGCCAAAGAGCAAUCCUCCUCCCCUGGAGUGUUGCGUUUGAAAGGCUUUCCUACACCAACAGGGAAACAUGUCAGAUUCGCCGGUGAUGGAAUAUGAGAAUGAGAGAGCCUCCUCCGAGUCCGAACCUUUUCGUUUUUUUCUUUUUCUUUUUUGGAGUCGUAAUGUCGUAUGAGACAAAUUAUCCUCAACUGUCUCUCGACGACUUUCAUAUGACUCAUCUUGUUGCUUCAUAUAAUAUGAUUGAUUCCCUGUUUCUGAUUCUUGUUAUUUUUCAAUAACUCCCAAACUUUAAUCGGAAUAUUAUGACUACUCUUUUCGUUUUUAA